AUGAGUAGGACAAUACUUCAAACGGCGACGAUGACGGGCGAUUCCUUCAAAGAGGCCGUGCCGGAUCGGCAUACCCAGCCUGGUCUGGAGGCUGUAUUUCUGCAGGGUCCUGGGUUUGGAUAUCCUGCGCAAAAUGGGUAUGGGCAUGGGCAGGGACAUGGACAUGGACACACUGGACCGCCUGUGCAGCAGGGAAUCGGGAAGAAGAAGUUUUUCAUCCUGUGGGUUGCGCUGGGGGUGCUUGUUGCGGCGGUCAUUGGGCUUUCGGUUGGAUUGGGGGUUGGAUUGGUGAAGAAGGGUGGAACGGAGUCAGAGUCAGCAUCCCAGUCCUCUCCUACAAGCACAGACAACGGCAACGACAACGACAACGACAUAUCAUCAAAUAACGCAACAUCACCAGAAACAUCAUCAUCAUCUUCAUCUUCAUCAUCACCCUCAUCCUCACCAACAACAACCCCAACAGCAACAUACACCUCCCCCUUCGACACAGACGCCGGCGCAGACGCCACAAUAACCCUAUCCGGAGUCCAAGCAACGCCCAACCCGUCUCCAACCUCCAUCUGCCCAACAGCCAACAACACAGUCAUAGUCCAUAUCCCGGGGCCCAAGCGGUACCGGAUAUUCUGCGACUCUGAUUUCGGGGGCAGUGGGAAGAAGGACCUUGCGUCGGUGGUGCUCGGCUCGUUUGACGCGUGCCUGGGGCUGUGCAAUGCGAUGAAUUAUUUCCAGGAGCGCGAGGAUGUGGGCUGCACUUAUAAUGUUGAGGGGACGGGGGAGCAGACGCCUGGGACUUGUUGGUGUCUUGGGGGUUCGUUGAAGGUUGUGACGAAUGUGGGGAAUGAGGUUGCGAUACCGAUUGAUUAA